AUGAAUAGAUACCAAAAAAUUGAGUCAAGCCAAGUAACAUACAAGACAGAAAAAUUGCUAGAAGUAUCGCAAAACAGAUAUGUAAUGACUAUACAAGUAGCAAAUAGAGCUAAAAGAGGCAAGUAUGAAGAAAUUGACAUAGUUGAAGAUCCUCUUAUUAAACCAAUUAUACGUGCAAUACUGGAAAUGGUUGAUGAAGUCGUACAGCCUGAAAUUAUUGGCUGUUAA